CGCGCGCAGGCUUCCACGCGGUUCGGUCGCGUGGAUCGUCAUGCCGCCCUAAACGGCAUAUAAACAAUUCGAAUUUGCCACAACCCUAACGGAAAAAUUCCUAACAAUUCACCUGUGAAUGAUUAACUGACAUGUGCAUCAUAUCAAUUGUGAUAUAAACAUAGCAUAGUUCAAGUGAAAUAACAAAGUGUAGUGAAACAAGGUGACGAAGUGAACGUGAUUUUUGACAGGAGGUAGCGUAUGAUAUGACAAUGCGACGAGCCUUGCUUGACGGUAGCCGACAGGGCUCUGUCGACGGCAAUAGUAAUGUGGCGAAUGAUAAGGAGUUGGUACAUAAGUGUCAUAGUGACCCUGGUGGCGGGAGGGCCCUGGGGGCCCCGAGAGCGCAUAGACAUCGCUCUGUGUCAGGCGCUUUGAGAAAAUGCGUUUUAACACUUGACGGCUACUCAUACGUUAUAGUGGCGAGUCCUCCGGGCGGCGCGGGCGCCAACCCCGAGGAGCCCCACCGCCCGCCGCCGCCCCCCGCGCCCCGCAACGGGACCUCCCCCAAACAAGGCGCACUGACCAUUGUCCGGCGGUCAUCCAGCCGGAGUAAGACGACGGAAAGCUCACCUCCCACUGACGAACAGUUAGACCAACUCGAUCUCGACACAGAACAUUUGCCCGCCGUUGACACGCCCGACGCCUGUGAUAAAGCCGCUCUUAGAUUACGCUAUCUCCUAAGACAAAUAAACAGAGGUGAAAUACCUGUUGAAAUACUACAAAAGAAUAUUCAAUAUGCCGCAAAAGUUUUGGAAGCUGUCUACAUAGAUGAAACCAAACCGGCCGUGGCGCGCCAGCAGUCGGCGCCGACCCUGGUGUUUAGACGCUUGGCGGACGAAGAUGACGAGCUAUCAGAAGUGCAACCAGACGCCGUUCCACCAGAAGUCAGAGAGUGGCUGGCGUCAACGUUCACACGGCAGCUGGCGACGGCAAAGCGAAAGUCGGAUGAGAAACCCAAGUUCAGAUCGGUGGCGCACGCGAUCCGAGCGGGGAUAUUUGUAGACAGAAUCUACAGGCGGGUCACGAGUACGGCGUUGAUGCAGUUCCCACAAGAUGUUGUACGAGUUUUAAAGACACUGGACGAAUGGUCGUUCGACGUGUUUGCGUUGCACGAGGCAUCAGCUGGAUACCCGGUCAAGUAUCUCGGAUACGAGCUAUUAAAUAGAUACGGGAUGAUACACAAGUUUAAGGUACAGCCUCCAACUCUGGAGAACUUCCUCAGUCGGAUAGAAGAAGGCUACUGCAAGUUCCACAAUCCUUACCACAAUAACCUCCAUGCAGCUGACGUCGCUCAAACAGUGCAUUAUAUGCUGUGCCAGACUGGUCUUAUGAAUUGGCUAUCAGAUCUGGAGAUCUUCGCCACACUGGUGGCUGCGAUAGUACAUGACUUCGAGCACACCGGCACCACCAAUAAUUUCCACGUCAUGUCUGGGUCAGAUACCGCCUUGCUGUACAACGAUCGAGCGGUCCUGGAGAACCAUCAUAUUAGUGCUGCUUUUAGAUUGAUGCGUGAAGAAGAAAACAACAUACUCCUGAAUUUGUCCCGCGACGAGUUCCGAGAGUUCCGGACGCUGGUCAUCGACAUGGUGCUGGCGACUGACAUGUCAUUCCAUUUCCAACAGCUGAAGAAUAUGCGAUCACUGCUGUCUCUAGCCGAACCCACUGUGGAUAAGUCGAAGGCUGUUUCGCUCGUGCUGCAUUGCUGUGACAUCUCCCAUCCUGCAAAGCGUUGGGAUCUCCACCACCGAUGGACGAUGAGUCUACUCGAUGAGUUCUUCCUCCAAGGAGACAAAGAAAGGGAACUGGGACUUCCCUUCAGUCCUCUUUGCGACAGAAACAACACUCUUGUAGCAGAAUCACAGAUCGGUUUCAUAGAUUUCAUCGUUGAACCCAGCAUGGGUGUGUGUGCGGAUAUGCUGGAAUGCAUUUUGGGGCCUCUCCAUUCGAAUACCAAGAAUUCCACGAGUACUACCAACCAAGAUCCUAUUAAUGAGGAGACCACAGUUGCUGAAGCCAAUACUAAAUUCAAGAUAAAGAAGCCGUGGGUUGCCUGCCUCAUGGACAACAAAAAGAUUUGGAAGGAACAAGCGGCGAAAGAUGCUGAAGCGCGAGCCCGCCUAGAAGAAGAUACGAACGGGACUCAAUCACAGCAACCGGAUGAAUAAUAUUUAGCCACUUUUGUAAAUAGCGUUAGGAAUAGUUGUUACAACAUGUUACAUUCGCUGUUGAACAAGAAAUAGGCUAGUUGUUCGCUUCACGCUAAAUCGUUGUACUCGUACGUAAGUUUUGUCACAAUGAACUAUUUUUUGGCUUGAGUCAUCUCAAUUAAGUUAUUUUGAAUAGAUAUAUUUUAGUUAAAACCAUAAAAAUUUAGGGAUAGAACAGGAAAAUGUUCCUGAUUAAGUUAUAAACUGAAAAACACAAAAUAAAAUUCGAUUCGCUAUAUUUAUAGUUCAUUGUAUUCAAAACAACUUAAUGUAAGUUUAAAAGUUACAUAUUUAUUGUAUAAAUUCUCUUUGGAAGACAACGUAGUGAGUUAUAUUCGAUUAGAUGAUGUACUGCAGAGCGGUCAUCGGUAGGUGUAUUAAAAAUUACCUAUUACCUAGUUAAUUUAUUUAUUUUAUUUUACUGAAAAUUUUAAAUGCUUGACACAUUUAAAAAGACAGAUCUGUAUGAGAAUUAAAUAUUCUUGCCAUAAAUUAUUUAAAUAAAGGUUCAAUUACGUUCCAACUUCAAAACAUGUAUUAAAUUUACAUUUUAGUAUGGCAGUCGUAUAAUUACAAUUGUAUUAUGAUAUUAAUGUAAAGCUAUACAGAAAAUAAUUCAGUUUUAAUUAUUAAAUAAUGAAGUCAUGCAUUUAAAAUAUUUAGCAAAAUGUAAGCGUACCUAGCUUAGUAGAUAGUACUUUUUCGUGCGAGCAGGCCUCGUGAUAAAUUUGUUUGUUUGUAGAAAUUUAUGUUGUUUAUAAAAACAAAUACGAAGCAAUUUUAUUUAUUUAUAAAUUAUUUACCUAGAAAUAUAGAUGUAAUCGUGAUUUUCCUUUCGUAAAUAGCUGUUUGACUACUGACGUUUUAACUGUUGACUGGUUUAAUGUUCUAUAUGUAUGAUAAAUAAAAAAAUAAAUUAAUUACCUAUAUAAAGUUUAUCUUAACGAAUCAUUAAGGAAAUAUUAGACAUAGAUACCUAUAUACUAUUGUCAUCAAAAACUACCUUCUUAAAUGAUCUUUCUUAUGGCACCCUUAAGUAAAAAAAAAUGUAUAGUGUAAAUUGUGUUUUGUUGGUGUAAAUCUUGAUAAGAGUACCUAUAGGUGCUUCUUAAAACUUUUCUUGGAUAUUUAUUGUGUAACCAAAGCACAAAUGAACUGCAACAAAGACCGCACGAGGCAAACGUGUCUUAGGACUGGAAGAUCGCAUUAAACAAACUAAGUUAACUAAUAAAUUUACAAAAUAAACUACAUUUUUAAUUAUUUAUCUAUGGUGGUAUUGAUGGUGAGGUGUUAUUACUCACAGCUGCUUUAUUAUUCUUAGAAUUUUCAAACUAGUAAUAUUUUUACAAUAUUUUCCCGUCCUUUUGGUUUGUCACGUUUGGUCUAUGACAGUUCAUAACAACUUAUACUUGUAUGCAAAAUUGCAUCUCUCCUCUUAUCUUAAAACGGUGCACAAUAUUCUGCAGAAUAAAUGUAAAUAUUAUAUAGCUAUGCCCUUCUCUAUAACUCGGGAGGGUUUUGAACCUCCAUAACCAAUCCCCUGGGUACGCACAUUAGGUACCAAUUGCACUAUUGAAAUCUAGAAGAUUCAGAAUAAUCAGAGUAAUAAAUAAGCACAUAGUUAAGAAGCACAAAAACAAGCCGAGAAUUUUUUUAAAUGCUUUCAUUAUUUUCGUAUCAAUACUAAUAUAUCUCACCUAUAUCAUAAGGCUAUUGUAUCAUAAAAUCGCUGGUAUCGGAGCAAACUUUAUAUAAAAUAAUUAGAACUUUCUAACUUGAGAGUCUCUAUUCUGUAAUAUAAAUAAUGAUGUACUUAAAUUAGAAAAAUUAGUUAAAUUAGUAACCUUAUUCAUAUGAUAAAUACGCUUAUUAAUUUUAAUGUUUCUGAUUGGAACGGAUGAUACUCCUUGACCAAUUCAUUUUGUAAAUUUUGAUGUCUUAAAUUCUAAUUUAAACGGAUAAAUUAUAUUUAUCGUUACAACCUUAUCUGUAUGUACCUACUUCCUAUUGCUUUAUAUUACCAAGUAAUGUAUAAACGCUAAGCUUAAGUUAAGCUCAAAUCCCAGUCAUUUUCACAUUUAUUCGUUACUUACAUCAUAAUUUUGAAAGAAAUCAUUAGAACGGAUGAACAAAAACCGUCCUUCCUAUAUUAAUAUAUUUUAUUGGUAAUUUGUCUUAGUUCGGUCCAUGGAGAAAAUUUUUUUAUGAUAUACUCCAUCACUUGGCAUUCAACUCAUUAUGCCAAAAGCGAUAUUUUAGUAUGGAAAAUAAAGUUACUUUGUAACGGAACCCAAUAAAUAGAGAGGUAUCACAAAACCUUUUCAAUAAGUACCGAAAUCAAUAAAUUAAAUAAAAAUCACAUGUGUCCGAGAUGAACGUACAAAAGAACCGUAAGUAAUACAUAAAAAGAAAUAUGCAGUUACCUUAUCGUAAUAAAUCUUAUUUUAUUUUCUUAAAACUCCGAAGAUACGUGGGACCACACCUUUAAAUAUCAAAUCGAAUCCAUAAUCACAUAAAAUUAGGUCCCUAUAUUUAAUUCCAGGGAUGGUAAGUAUAGGAUUAAUCCAACUGGUGACGCUUAACGUAGACAUUUAUGAUAAAUCUUUUAUAUCUAUUUAUUAAUCAUAGUACUUACAUAUUGGAAUGUAUUAUUGUAUAUCAGACUUAGUGUACUUAAUAGAUGAUAUAAUAUAUGUACAUUAUAAGCGCCAUUCUAAUCGGGAUAUAGCUUUAUAAAAAUGUAGUUUUAGAUUCAAUAAAAAUAUAUAACCCUACAUACACUUUUGCUUACAUUACUGCACUUAUCCAUAGAGCAAUGGCUGAUGAAAAUGAAGCAAUUUCUGUAAAUACAUUGAUAGAUACAAUUAUUGUGUUUAACUUAUUGCUGAUAGAGUCCUUGGUAUAUCUUUCACAUAACAAUUUUUUUUUAUGUUGAUACAGGCAUUAAUGUUUUAGCGCUAAUAUAAAUACAUCAUUUCUGAAAAUAUCAACUACCUACCCAUAACGGUUCAUUAGAUACAGCCGUACAGACAGAUGUUCGGACAGACCUUGAGUAUCGUGGACAAAACAUUAUAUUUUUCGAUGUACAUAAGUGUGAUGAUUAUAAAAAGCAAGGAAAAUGUACAAAUAGAAUGAUACACUAAAACUAUACUGAAAGAAGCAAAAAAAUGGCUAUUCCUAUUUUUAUUGUAUCUAAAACAAAACAGUAGUGGACUCUCAUUGUAUGGUUAAAAAUGGGACAGUUACCUAUUAGAUAAAUUAUAAUUUCGAAUACAGCGAGUGACUCCACUCUAGCAGACAUUCAUGAAUAAUAAAAAUACAUAAUUAUAUAGAAGAGACAAAUGUUAUUAAUUUCCACAUUUGUCUGUAUAAAAUUAGUUUGAUAAUUUAAUAUAAAUUAGCUUGGACAAUUCUUACAAUAUCCUAUCUACCUCUGUUAGUUAAAAAAUUAUUGCCAUGUUUUAUUUAAUUCAACAUUAGUAAACAAUCUAUUAUAAACGCCUGUGUAAAAAGAAAAAACUUCCCGAUUGAUUGUUUGAAAUGUAAACACCGCUUCUA